CAGAGGGUCAGUGUUGAUUGAAUGCUUGACUGUUGCAGAGCCAGGACUGAGGGAAUCCUGCAUCGUUACGGUGUCAUCGUUGAGGGAGUGCUGCACUGUUGAAGGGCCGAUAGUAAGGGAGUGUGACACUGUCAGAGUGUCAUUACCAAAGGUGGGCUACAGUAUCAAAGGUACCACGCUGACUAUUGUUAUCCCGAUAGUUCUUUCGUAUCAGUCCGUGUGUAUUCCUGGGCGAAUGUGCUCGUGUGGUCUCAGGAGUUGCGGAGGUCACGGCUCUGGGACAGCCGUUUCAUCGCCCUAUGCUGCAGAACCUGCCCCGGAAGAGCGAGCCCAGAGAAUUGCCAAAGCUGUCCGCAAACAGUCAAUAGAAGUGAAGGAAAAUUGGGAACAACUGAAAAUCCGUGCGAGCAACUGGCAGAAACAGGUGGAAAAGGUGUUGGAGAAACUUCAAGAACUGCAGAAAGUUCUGGAUGAUCUUGAGGCUCAUGUGAUAACAGCCGAGGGGGUCCACACUGAUUGGCAACCUGUGAGUGACCUGCUUAUUGACUCAUUGCAGGAUCACAUUGAUAAAACCACACAGCUUUCCUGGAGCAAGUCUGGUUUCCCUCGGAUGAGACGACUUUCAGACAUACUCCCUUUAUUAUGAGAUUUAAUUGCGGUAAAAUGAGGAGGAUUUUUAUUCACUGAGACACACAUGACUAUAUGUUUAAAGCAUUGGAAAAUGCAUUCUGUUCGGACUAUCAUGUUAUCUGGUGUUUGUACCAGGCUUUCCGAUUAAAUGCAAGUGAUUAAGGAUGCUAAUGAUGCCACAUGUUAUUACAAGAAGAAAUGAACAUCCAACUAAGGAUUUUAUGCCACAUUAAUACAUAGCAUGGACCACGCAGCAUGGAUGCAGUGACGGAGUGAAAUGGGAGGCCGUGACCGAGUGAAAUGGGAUGCCGUGACCGAGUGAAAUGGGAUGCCGUGACCGAGUGAAAUGGGUUGCCGUGACCGAGGGAACUGGGAUGCCGUGACCAAGGGAACUGGGAUGCCGUGACCGAGGGAACUGGGUACAGUGCCUCAGUGAGAUGCUCACAGCGAAUUGUCCCCUCCGUCCUGACCCGCUCGCAGCGACCUGCCCCUGCAGUCCUGACCCGCUCACACUGACGAGCCCCUGCAGUCCUGACCCGCUCACACUGACUAGCCCCUGCAGUCCUGACCCCUCACACUGACUAGCCCCUGCAGUCCUGACCCGCUCACAGUGACUAGCCCCUGCAGUCCUGACCCGCUCACAGCGACUUCUCUCUGCAGUCCUGACCCGCUCACAGCGACACGCCCCUUCAGUCCUGUCCCAAUCACAGCGACUUGCCACCUCAGUCUUGACCCGCUCACAGCGACCUCCCCCCUCUGUCCUGACCCCCUCAGAGCGACCUACCCCUCCGUGCUGACCCGCUCACAGUGAGUUGCCCCUGCAGCCCUGACCCCCCUCACAGUGACCUGCCCCCUCACUCCUGACCUGCUCUGCGUUGAGGAAACCAAGCAGAGGCUUGGGGACCGCUUUGCAGAACACCUCCGCUCGGUUCGCAACAAACAACUCCACCUCCCAGUCACGAACCAUUUUAACUCCCCCUCCCAUUCCUUAGACGACAUGCCCAUCAUGGGCCUCCUGCAGUGCCACAAUAAUGCCACCCGAAGGUUGCAAGGACAGCAACUCCUCAUCCGCUUGGGAACCCUGCAACCCAAUGGUAUCAAUGUGGACUUCACAAGCUUCAAAAUCUCCCCCUCCCCAACUGCAUCCCAAAACCAGCCCAGUUCUUCCCCUCCCGCAACAGCAUCACAAAACCAGCCCAGCCUGUCUCCGCCUCCCUAACCUGUUGUUCCUCUCACCCAUCCCUUCCUCCCACCUCAAGCCACACCUCCAUUUCCUACCUACCACCUCAUCCUGCCUCCUUGACUUGUCCGUCUUCCCUGGACUGACCUAUCCCCUCCCUACCUCCUCACCUGUACUCUCCUCUCGACCUAUCUUGUUUUCUCUCCAUCUUCGGUCCGCAUCCCCCCCUCUCCCUAUUUAUUCCACUUCCCUCUCCCAUCCCCCUCUCUGAUGAAGGGUCUAGGCCUGAAAUGUCAGCUUUUGUGCUCCUGAGAUGCUGCUUGGCCUGCUGUGUUCAUCCAGCUCCACACUUUGUUAUUUUGGAUUCUCCAGCAUCUGCCAUUAUCAGUGGCCUUUCCUCUUUGUCAAAGUUUGUGCAAAAGCAACACGAUGUGGGGCGGCACGGUGGCUCAGUGGUAAGCACUGCAGCUUCACAGCACUGGGGACUCAGGUUCAAUUCCAGCCUCAGGCAACUGUUUGUGUGGAAUUUGCACCUUGUCCCUGUGUCUACGUGGGUUUCCUCCAGGUGCUCCGGUCUCCUCCCACAGUCCAAAGAGGUGCACGCUAGGUGGAUUGGCCAUGCUAAAUUGCCCAUAGUGUUCAGGGGCGUGGGUCUGGGUGGGAUGCUCCAAGGUUUGGUGUGCACUUGUUGGGCCAAAGGGCCUGUUUCCACACUGUAGGGAAUCGAAACAAUCCUGUUCCCACAUCUCCAUGUUAUAACCCUGCUGAUCACUGCACACACAGAUGUUUGAUAACAAAAGGAUAACAAUAAUAUUCAAACCCAGUGCUGGAGAUGUAUUUUAAAUACACUGAGGCCAGUGUCGAUCUCCAAUUCAACUUUUAUUUACAAAUGAACUGUCUUCAACUUUAGCACUGCCUCAUUCAGAGAUAGUUGCCAGGGUGUCAGCAUCUCUGACCCUCACACGACUGAUCUGUCAGCCAGGGCUCCCUGAUUUGGGCUGUUAAUAUGGACCAGUCAGGCAACUCAUAUUCUGUGAGGUUCAACUGGCCGACCUGGUCACAAACCAGUGCGGUGUGUUCAUCGAAAAUCAAACGUACUAGAAAGGUACCAUUACAUACCAGUGCAAAGGAAGGCAUGAGGCUAAACUGGGGAGGGAAGGGAACUGCUUAUUGGGGGUGGCCCAGAGAGUGGAAGAAAAUCGAAUGGGAAGAAGACCAUUUGAGACUGAGGGAGAGAGAUGUAAUUGCCUGAAUGAGGCAUUCCAAUUGCGAAAUGGAUUUUUGUUGUACACCAUGUUCAGUUUCCCCGAUCUUAAUCUGUACUCCUCUUUAAGUCAUAUAGUAUCUGAAAUUUCUGUAUCAUUUCCAAAUGUUCUGUCUCUCAUGUUGUGCUGUUGGAAUUGGUUGAACUGCAGAGAUAUUAUUUAUUUGCACAAAUGUGUUCAGUGAAAUGAGUUGCAUGCUAGAGAUGUAUUAUUCUUCCUGAUUCUAUUGUACACAUACAAAUUAAAGUUAGUUCCACUUUUCAACAACAAA